AUGGAGCGGAUUACGGAUAAGAUCAACGCGCUGCCCGAUGGCGCCAACUACUUCUCGCUCGAGUUCUUCCCGCCCAAGACGGCCAUGGGAUUCGCGAACCUCCAAACACGUUUAGAGCGCAUGUCGCAGGCUCUUCGACCUCUCUUCGUCACCGUUACCUGGGGUGCCGGCGGAUCCACAGCCACCAAGUCGCUCGAACUCGCAGAGAUAUGCCAGCGCCAAUUAGGCCUCACAACAUGUCUACAUCUCACGUGCACGAAUAUGAACCGCCAGCUCAUCGACGACGCGCUCGAACAGGCAAAGGUGCUGGGCAUACGGAACAUCCUGGCGCUGAGGGGUGACGCGCCGCGCAGCGACGAGUACAGGGACGAAGGGACGCCGCCGGAACAAGACUCGAACAAGGACUUCACUUGGGCAAUUGAUCUGGUCAAAUACAUCCGGAAAGAGUACGGAGACUAUUUCUGCAUUGGUGUCGCUGCGUAUCCAGAAGGCCACUCGGAUCAGAGUCAUCCCAAGGAUCAAGAUCCGCUGCACGACCUGCCAUACCUGAUUGAGAAGACCAAGGCUGGCGCAGAUUUCAUCAUGACCCAGCUUUUCUACGAUGUUGAGGCGUACGACAAGUUCGAGAAGAUGCUGAGGGAGCACGAGAGCGGAGUGUUUAAGACGAUACCGAUCAUACCUGGGCUGAUGCCAAUACAAUCGUACAAGAUUUUGCUCAGGACAACGAAACUAUCGCAUGCGAAGCUGCCGUCGGAUAUGCUGAAGCGACUGGACGCGGUAAAGAGCGACGAUGAAAUGGUGAAGCAAGUUGGCGUCAAGAUUAUGGACGAAAUGGUGGAACACAUCAAGGCUCGGCCGGAUACUUGCAGGAGAGGAUUCCAUUUUUACACGCUGAAUCUGGAGAAAGCCGUGUCGCACAUCGUUGAAGACACUCACCUCAUACCAUCGACUAUCGAAGACGACGACGAUGUCAUUGUCGAGACCACGCCCGCCAUCAACCUUGAGCCGCCACCAAACGGCAUAAUGCCGCGCAGGCGACGAUCAUCUGCUGUCAAUUCCGGCCCGCACAACAGAGUGAUAAUAUCACACCCAUCCGCGGCCAAGUCAAGCAAUCACUCGUACGAAGCUACGGAGGAGGAAGCUGGUGUACCAAGGGGCCCGAUCAACACUCGGGCGAACACACUGGCAAUAUCAGAGGGCGAAGGCUCGCUGGGCCGUGAAGCAACUUGGGAUGACUUCCCUAACGGCCGUUGGGGGGAUGCACGUUCGCCUGCCUUUGGUGAGAUUGAUGGUUACGGUCCAACCCUCCACGUCUCAACACCGCAAGCUCUCAAGCUCUGGGGCCACCCAGUCGAGAAGGAUGACAUCUCGAAACUCUUCCGCCGCCACAUCGAAGGAGACCUUGAGGCCAUACCCUGGAGCGAACAAAGUUUGUCUCCCGAGACACUGACCAUCAGCAAGCAGCUACUCGCCCUCAACGCAAAGGGCUGGUGGACAGUCGCCUCUCAACCCGCCGUCAACGGCGUCAAAUCCACCGAUUCCGUCUUCGGCUGGGGCCCCAAGAACGGCUACGUCUUCCAAAAGCCGUUCGUCGAGUUCUUCAUCCCCGCCUCCGAAUUUGCCACCCUCAAACCUAAGCUCGACGCCCAUGAGCAAGUCACCUACUUCGCUGGCAACGCCGCCGGAGAGUUUGAAGCUAGUCAAGAAGAUGGUGUGAACCCUGUUACUUGGGGUACUUUUGCAGGUAAAGAGAUUGUCACGCCUACUAUCAUUGAGGCUGUCAGUUUUAGGAGUUGGCUUGACGAGGCGUUCAGUAUCUUCAGGGAGUGGCAGAGGAUUUACCCGCCGAGGAGUGCGAGUAGCACAUUGCUUGGAAAGUUGAGGCAGGAUUAUUGGCUUGUUAAUGUUAUUUGGGGUGAUUUUGUCAAUGGAGAGGGGUUGUGGGAGUUUUUGGAACAGUAG